GCAAUUUACGAGACGCGCUCGACCUGUAGACCGAAGUAUUAAAAGUUGUCUAACUAGUAGUAGGUGUAUGUUAUUUGUUAUUUUUAUUAUUAUUAAAUUAUCGUCAAAAACAUACAACCAAAUAAUAAAUCAACAGGUUAAACAGUUUUUAUAACUAAAAUUUAAAUGCACAUAUCAAAAUAUAUAAUGCAAACAACGUAAAAUUCAGAAUUUAUGUGAUGUUGUUACAAAUAGCAUGUUUAAUAACAACAGGGUUGUUAUGGGGCGCAACAAAUCCAAUUAUCAAGAAAAAAUCUCGAGGAAUUACAAAAGUUACAGCUGAUUCUAAAAUACUUCAAUUUCUCUUGGAAAUCAAAUUUCUUGCAACAAAUUUGGAGUAUUUAGUUCCUAUGCUGUUAAACCAAUUGGGGUCCAUGAUAUUUUACAUAACUCUUAAUAUAUCAGACCUAACAUUGGCUGUACCAGUAGCAAACUCAUUGACAUUUGUUUUCACUGCAAUUUCUGGGUGGAUUGUAGAAGGAGAAAUCCCAAAGAAAGGUACCUAUGUAGGAGCCAUUUUGGUAAUAAUAGGGACAGCUUUAUGUUGCAUAGAAAAAUAUCAGGAGUAAACACUGGUAACGGAAUGAAGACUGUGAAAGAAAUUAUCAACUUUUAGAUUUAAAACAUUUUUAAUAUAUGUAAAUAUUAAUUAAUAUAAAA